AUGCAAGAACAUCAAGAAAAUGGUUCUUCUUCUUCGAUCCUCACAACAGUUCCUUCAUCAUUGGCCUCAUCUUCGGAGGAUGUUUCUUCUCGGGAUAGCACUCCAAUGGGGGUAGCUGCUUGUUCAUCACCAAGCAAUGCUCCUCCAAAAACGGUUCACCCACAAGCCUGGCUUCAAGCCAUGUACAGUGCUGGACGAGGAGGACUACAACAAAAGAAUACCAGAGGAGGAUAUCACCGUGGAAGAGGAAAUAGAGGUCGAGGCUCAAGAGGAAGAUACAACAACAACAAUCGAUACAAUAGAGGAGAGAGCAGAAAACGACCCAAAGAUGACGAUGAAAAAUCGAAUGAAGAGUCUGAUAAUGAAAAGCCAUCAUCGGAUUUAAAUGAAGAAAACGUACCAGAAUAUAUCAAGUUUUUGCAAGAUUACAAGAAAAAUUACAAAAAUCCAAUUUUCUCAAUGCUUUAUAAAAAACCCAUGGAAACACCAGAAGAUAUUGAAAAAUAUAGAGAAGAACGAAGAAAGAACUAUCCAACUCGACAAAAUGUCAUUGAAAAGGAGAAGGAACUGUCAGAGAGGAGAAAGAAAGGAGAAAUAAUUAUUGGAGCUUCAGAAAAGGUUAAAUCUCUCCUAAAAGUAAUGGGAAUUGAGAAGGAUAAAAAAGAGGAAUCCAACCAAGACGAUAGUAAUGCAAAGGCAGCACAGUCACUCAUUAGAAAUUUAUUGACUCAAGAAAUUUCACAGGAUAAGAUUAUUUUAUUGCAAUGUUUUAGGCAUAUCAUUCAUGAACGAUUUUAUUGUAGUGACGAUGAAUUGAGUGAAGAAGUGAAAUCCAAGAUUGAUAAACUUCAUGAACUCACAAAAAUUGAAAUGAAAAAGCUAGAAGAAUUCAGAAAGAAAAAACUAGGUCUUCUUGAUGAAGAGCUAAAUGCCAAUUCGGAAACAUCAACCUCAAAUGCUGUUGUUUCUGAAAAAGCAACAACUCAACAAGUAUUAGAAGAAGCAAUUUCUGAUGAAGAGUUUGGAGAGUUAAGUGAUGACGCCCAAAAUGAUGAAGAUAUGGAGGACGAUAUUCUUGGAAAUUGUGACGCAAGUGAAGAGCAGAAAUUGGAUACAAUCUUGAAGGAAAUUACAGAAUAG